UCGCGGCGCCGCCGCGCGAUGCCCAAGCGACGAAACAGCAAAGCCGCCUGGCGCGCGCUCGCGGAUGACGUCGCCGACGCCGUCCGCGCGCCGAGCGCGCGCGAGGACGCGGCGACGAAGACGAACGACGCGCUGUUUUACGUCGACCGCGCCGGCGGCGGCGGCGGCGACUCGAACGGCGCGCGCGGGCGCGACAACGCGGGAACGAAGCGCGAGCGCGCGCGACAGCGCGCGCUGAAGAUUGAUGCGGCGUGUGAGAAGGCGCCGGCGGCGCGCGCGUACCCGACGCCGGUGAAGCUGCGGGCGGGGAAGAUGUGUAACCCGCCGCCGAGUCGAGCGCUCGAGGCGGUGCGGGUCAAGGGGAAAGCGAAGCCGGUGGUGAAGGGCGCGGGCUCGAAAGGAAAGAAAGCGGACGGCGUGUUCGAUGUGUGGGCGAGUAAGGCACCGCGGGCGAGAGGGGUGAAUAAAUUGGCGAGGAAACUCACCGCGCCGACGACGAACGCGAAGGCGGUGGCGCCCGAACAUCCGGGGUGUUCGUUUAAUCCCCCGAAAGAUGCGCGCGAAGACGUCGUCGCGGUUGCGCUCGCGAAGGAGUUUAAGGCGAAGCAGGCGAGGUAUUUAGAUCCGGUGACGGUGCCCGUGUCGAACGUCGUGGCGGAGGCGAAUUUGGUCAACGAGUUGUAUUUCGAGAGCGGAUUCGGGGAAGACGAGACGGACGACGAAGACGGCGAUGGCGACGGUAAGCUCAGCAUCAAUCCCGCGGUAAACGCGGAUAAGUACACUAGAACGAAGCGAAACAAGCUCAAGCGACGCGCGGAGGCGGAGGCGAUCGAACAGGCGAACAAGAAGGCGAAGCAGCUCAGACGAGACCUGAGCAACCUCAAGGCUUUGAACAAAGAGAUCGAAGCCGAGGAAGAGGAAAGGAAGGCAAACCUGGCGCGUCGCAACGCCGUUCGCGCCGAACGUCGCGCGUCUCAGCCUUCACGUCUUGGCAAGCUUCGUCACAAAGAAGCCGACGCCGACGUCCGUUUCGCCGACGAGCUCGACGGCGGUUCCCUCCGCACCCUCAAGCCAGGCGUCUCUCUCCUUGGCGAUCGCCUCAAAUCGUACGAGCGUCGCGAGAUCAUCGAGCCUCGCCGCAAGAUCGAGCGCAAGAAGGCCAAGGCGGUGAUGAAAUACGAACCCGGCGCCCGUGGCGAGAAGGAAAUCGAACUCAUGGUUGCCGCUGAGAAGUCGAAACAGCGCAUCUCCGAGCUCCGCGCCCUCGUCGCCGCCGGCGACCGCGGCGCUUCCUAG